AUGGCAAAGUUAUGCAAACACAAAUGCAAGGACAAAAGGAACUGUAGCCACCCGGUCUGCUGUAAGCAACAUCUGGGCUUGACGCCUGCGAGCACCGGUCCGGCUCCAGGUCCUACAAGCACUCCGGCAACGGCAUCUCGACGGCGACGAAAAGCUCCGGCAUCUGAAGCGUAUGUAGGGCCGCUACGAUUCCUUUACGAGUGGCCCGGCGCCGAGGAAGUAAUCAACACCAAUGAGCUGCUCGAGCUGGUAAUUACAUUCCUUGCGCCGCAUGAAAUCAUUCGCUGUAGACAGGUCGAUCGGCACUGGCAAGCCGUCAUUGACAAUGCCGAGUCCAAGGAGAUGCGUACGGCGUUGUUCUUGGAAGCAGAACCAUAUAAUGGCAAAACAGUCAGAGCAGACCCAGAAGAUGCACGCGAGGGUAAACUGCUUUUGACCGACGUGUUUCCCAACACAGCUCUCUUCCAAGGCGUGUACAAGAACAAGGACAGCAAAAAUUUAGAGAAGCUCAGAUUCAAGUACAGUCCAGAUACAUUCUCAGAAGACGAACCAAUGCUAGAUAUGUUCCUCACUCAGCCACCAGUCCGGACCAUGCAAGGAUCCUGGCAAUUCUACAAAUUCUCACAUCCCAAUGGUCCGCGUGAAGCUCGCUUGGACAAAUACAGUAACAACACGAACCGGUGGUAUCGGGAAGACGGACGAUGGCCUUUCAGAAACGAUCGUGGUCUGCGCUAUCGAGAUGUUGUAAAUUAUCUCAACGCAUUCGCUACUAAGGGACUUGGUGAAGGGUAUGGGACAGAUCUCUGGAGAACUUUCCUCUUCAGUCGACCAGAGACGGGGAUUGUGGUUCCGAGAGUGCCAGGCUGGAUCAAGCGUCGAACCGAGACGUGGGAGGACGAUGAUGCGUGGAGGAAGUUUCAGAAGAGGCAUAAACGGGACUGGACGGCGGCAGAGCGAGCGAGGCAAGGGCUGCCACCGCCGUCGCGCAAGAGGAAACGAAAGACAGAGGAAGAAGACGAGGUGGAGGAGGUGGAGGAGGAGCAGCAAGUGGUCGCUGAAGACGUUGAAGAGGACGACUUCAACGAGGGAGAUUGA